AAAGAGAUCCUAACCAUUUCAAUCUUGUAUAGGCUGAGGGAUCGAGCACGAAAGCGUGUGGUACCGUAAAUGCACAAGACCCACUAAUUUAGAUUUGCACUAUGGCCAAAACAAGCAUACACCAUCGGUCAAAUGCACAAGAUAACGGUUGCUGGAUCUCAUAUGCCUAGGCUCCACAUUCCCUCAACUUAAAGAUCGCUCUGGCAAAAACAGUAAAAGUCAAACAUAUCUACAAUAUGGAGAUGGUAAAGGAGAGAUCCACUAUAAGUUGCUCUUUUGGGACAUGUUAGAUGGGGACAUGGCUUUCAAAUUCCAGGAUUGGGCUUCCGUGCCAGCGUUAUAAUGAUGUAAUAGGCUUUUUCUUAGGACUUGACGGUUGACCUUUGCAUGGGCGUCCUGGGAUUUGGAUGGAAUUGGUGUGGGUAUCAACAAAACCCACAAUCCCCGUACGAGCUUACAAAUUCUGCCUAGUACCUGAGGCUAGGCGACAUUUUUCCUUACUGUAGUGCAAAAAUUAGGAUGGGAUUCAUGGCAUGCCAGCAAAUGGUCAAGUUGCUUCCUCUUUAACAACUGCAAGUGGCAAGCCUUUUCCUCUUCUCCAAGGGUCACCCGAACCUAAAAAAGGCACAACAUAAUUUCAGUUUGAUUUCUAUUGUCACGUGCUGAGCGAUCCCAAUCCAAAAAUCACUCCAGCAGUGCUGAAUCACUCCAGCAGUGCUGCACUCAGCUCAGUUCGUCGAGCUAAGUCAGCCUUAACCUUACAAACACGCAGCAAGAAGUAAUUGAAGGGUUGUGAAGAGUUAAACCAGUUAAAACAAGUUAAAACUAGCUAGAAUGGAAGAGAAUUAGAUAAAUGUCUCUUAUAUUACACUUGGAAAAAAUGUAAAAGGCAAGAAUACAGAAAAGCUCACAAAUGCUAUACAAAGUGCUCACAAAGUGUCCCAAUGGCUCUUUAGGUGUAGGAGGCUUCCAUUCCCCUUAAAAUGCUACCAAUGGGUGUAUUUAUAGGCAAAUGAGGGUGCUUGGCCGAUUUAAUCACGUAGUUGGUAAUUUUCCACGUGUCUGCCUCUGUUUGGGCGGUUUGAGAUCUGUUUGGGACCUUCUGAAAUUUUUUGGUAAAUUCUGGCAGAAUUGAACCUCAUUAUGGCGUGCCACAGGCCCGCGCGCCUCGCCCGUCCUUGGCCCGCCCGCGCCUAGCAACUUCCACCAGCGUCUGGAGAAUCCUUGAAGCUUCUGGAAUUCUCACGCGUCCUCCAGCCCGCAUGAACCUCGUUUGCCUGCACGACCGUCCCAGUGCGCGGCCUACCAGCGCGCUCCCUCUGUGUGUGCGGCCCACCAUCGCGCUCCUUUUGUGCGCACGGCCUGCUAGCGUGCCCAGUGAACCUCAUUUGCGCCUGGACAUCUCCAGAUGCUCCUGGAACCUUCUCGAAUGUUCCAGUCCCAUUGAACCUCCUUCCAUCUGGCGACGCCCCUGGCUUCUAGCACCUUCCCCUGUGCUGGACUGGCCCAAUUGCACUCCAUUGGGCCUGCCACUAACCAGAUCACCUCCAUUGCCUUGGCCAACCCGUCUGGCCUGCUGAACUCCAUGCCUGCCCAGUCUCUUAAUGAACCUCGCUUGCUAGCCCUUUUGACCCGCAAAUUCUACCUGUUUUCUUCAACUAUGCCAGUUUCCUCUAGUAUCCACGGGCCAAUGCAGAAUUGGAUCCAACCAUAUGUAAAGCCAAUCUUCCUUCAAAUUAUGGGCCCUUUGGUUCCAUCGCCUUUGAACCGUGACACUAUACGUUAAGUCCGAGGGGCUGAGAGGAGCAGUUGCGUCCUGGACCCUAACCCGGAAGCACGAAUAGCUAAAAUGUAAUUUCCUUCUAAUUGAUUGGUUUGACCUCUGACGACGGCAGUUUUCUUUCUCGCCUUUCAAUGACUUCUCCUCAAUUGAAGUCUAGUACCAUAUACACAUAAUUUAACUUCACCAAUCAUGUGAUCAAAUUUCACAUGGCCUGUUUUGUUCUCUGUAUCCUGCCCUUGAGGACCUUGCAGUCGCCGCCCUUUCCUUAUUACCUCAGACUUCGCAGAAUCUCAAUGCACUCUUCGAAUAGUUCCAAAGCCCUGGCGUACACUUUUCAAUUUUCUUUAAUAUUAUUUUGUCAUUUUUCUCUCUGGCUUUAGAUCGUCAUUGGUCAAGGGGGAGGAAGGGAACAACCAUUUUUCCCUUUGCCUUAAGAAACCGCACACGCACUCUUCUAAAAUUAUAAAUUAAUUCAGACUCAUACCGACUCAUCCCAUGGACUGGGAUUGGGUUGCAUGUGCUUUGCCUAUAAAUAGGUCCCCAUGCUCCAUACUCUCACCACAUGAACUCCACUUGCUUUCCCAUAACCUUUUUACACUUGCAUAUAUAAUCUCUUUCUCAUUUCCAACAUUCAUACCAUGCCAAAUUCUCCAAUGGCCUCAGCUCACCUCCUCAUUCCUCUGCUCUUCCUUACUUUCCUUCUCUUGUUAUCAGGUGCAUAUUCGGCUACUUUUACAAUCACAAACAAGUGCAGCUAUCAAGUUUGGCCAGGUAUUCUUUCAAACGCUGGAACUCCACAACUUCCCACCACAGGUUUCGCUCUUCAGCCCGGUGAAUCAAGCUCCGUCUCCAUGCCAGCCUCCUGGUCUGGCCGUUUAUGGGGUCGAACUCUCUGCACCCAAGAUGUCACCACUGGCAAAUUUACUUGUCUGACUGGUGAUUGUGGCUCAUCCACUAUCCAAUGCUCCGGUGAUGGCGCUACUCCUCCUGCCACCCUCGCAGAAUUCACUCUUAAUGGAGCUAACGGGCUUGACUUCUACGAUGUCAGCCUUGUCGACGGAUACAACCUGCCAAUGCUAAUAGCACCACAAGGCGGCACCGGAGGUAAUUGUACGGUGACUGGCUGCGGUGUGGAGUUGAACAAUGCAUGCCCGUCGGAGCUGAAGGUAAUGGACAGUGAAAACGGGGAGAGCGUGGCAUGUAAAAGCGCAUGCGAUGCGUUUGGGGAGCCUCAAUAUUGCUGUAGUGGAGCGUACGCGAAUCCGAAUACGUGCAAGCCCAGCUCUUACUCGGAGUUCUUUAAGAAUGUUUGCCCUCGAGCUUACAGCUAUGCCUAUGAUGAUGGAACCAGCACCUUCACCUGUGCCGGCGCCGACUAUGCCAUUACAUUCUGUCCUUCCCCUUCUACCAGUCUGAAAUCGGCAAAUGGACAGUAUCCAGAAGCGGUGCAAGUCUCAGGCGGCACUCAUAGGACGUCACCCUAUCUGUUUAGCGGGGCCAUCACCAUUAUGGCGGCAAUUUGGCGUUUGUGGCAGCUGCUCUAUUGACCAUCCACAACUUUCAACAACAGGCCAACUCUUUUCUCAUCUGUAAAUAUUGUAGCAAAGAUGCCAACGCAAUAUUCCAAUCAGUUCAAGUUUGAAGCCCAGAUGCUGAAAUUGAAGAAUUGGCCUGGCCUUCAUAUUUCACAGUGUUGGUGCCCAACUCCCACAAAGAAUUUGGGAGUUUUAGUAAUGAUAUUUUUUGAGCAAAGAUGUGAUGGAAGAGAGUGGGGCAAAAGGGUAUGCCUGAAUCAGCAGUCACCUUUCUGACUUGGAUAAAGACACUGAAACAACAAGUUGUUGCAGCUAAAUGAGAGCAUAACAGCAAGUGGGUGCCUUAAUUUUUACUUGAUUUUAUUUCCCUAAUUGUUUUGAGGAUGUAAUAGUUUAAUGUUUUCUCAAGUUGUUGGAUUGUGUAGUCUAAACCUCUGCCUAUUAAUGCCAACUUUGAUUACUUCAUAAUC